GCAAACCACAAUCGGGGUUCGUUCCCAUGUCCACCCCCGGUCCCGCGCAGGCGGCGCCGGCAUCUCCCUACCGGCCGUACCGCCUCUCGCGCACGCUGACCGACCACAGGCGCGCCGUCUCGUGCGUUAAGUUCUCCAACGAUGGCCUCUAUCUGGCUUCGGCGUCGCUCGACAAGACCGUCAUCGUGUGGGCCUCCGACACAUUCGGUACCGUCGCGACCUUCUCCGGCCACUCCGAGGGCAUCUCCGACCUCGCCUGGUCCUCCGAUUCCCACUACGUUUGCUCCGCCUCUGACGACCGCACCCUCCGCGUCUGGGACGUCCACCAACCCUCCAAUGGCUGCGUCCGUACCUUCCGCGGCCACAUCUCCUUCGUCUUCUGCGCCGACUUCAACCCUCCUUCGGACCGCAUCGCGUCCGGUUCCUUCGACCAGACUGUGCGGAUCUGGGACGUCAAGAGCGGCAAGUGCAUCAAGACGAUCGAGGCGCACGACGAGCCCGUGACCUCCGUUCACUUCAUCAGGGACGGCUCCAUCAUCGUGUCGGCCAGCCACGAUGGGUCUUGCAAGAUCUGGGACGCCGAUUCCGGGGCGUGCCUGAAGGUGCUCAUCGAUGACAAGACCCCCGCUGUGUCCUUCUCCAAGUUCUCCCCUAAUGGCAAGUUCAUCCUAAUUGCCACCCUUGAUGACACCCUGAAGCUAUGUAAUUAUUCCACAGGGAAGUUCUUGAAGAUUUACACUGGUCAUGUUAACAGAAGAUACUGCAUUACAUCUGCAUUUUCUGUUACAAAUGGCAAAUAUAUAGUUAGUGGCUCGGAAGAUAAGUGUGCCUAUAUUUGGGACCUCCAAAGCAAACAGAUGAUUCAAAAACUGGAAGGCCAUACCGACACUGUCAUUUCAGUAUCCUGUCAUCCCACACGCAACAUAAUUGCAUCUGCUGGACUUGAUAAUGAUAAGACAGUGAGGAUUUGGAUUCAAGAAACUGCAUGAAGUUCAAAACAGUUGUAUAAAUCGGAUAAGAUUCCAUCUAGUUUCAUUUUCGAGGACUUUGGUUUGUGUACAAUGUUGUAGUUAACUAGUUGCUAGUUGAACUGGCAUCAUGAUUGCUUCCGAUCAUUUGUAUACUGCCUGUACGAGAUCUUUGAUUACAUGCAUCAAUGGUUAUAGCAUUUGGUUUUGGAGUCG